AUGUCUCCAGUACUCGGAUCCUGGCAAGACUACCUCCUACACGAAUGCCGCAUCUUUAAAAACAACUUAGAUACUCAAGCCAAUAUCCUGCGGUGCGAUCCAGAUGGUCGAGGUAAGGAGCGCAUCCAGGAUGUCAUUCGCGCGGUGUGGGAAAUAACUAUUCGAGCGGAUCUGAUCAUUAGCAUUGCACUCGGUAUGAUCACCGAGGCUUCCGAUAGCGAGAUCAUUCGUCGGAAUACUGCUUUUUGGCGCCGUGGACGUGAUGGUCAUUACAAGUUCGAGAAUGUGUUUCUUCGCGUGAAGCUCGACAUAAGCUCUGUACUAUGGACCCUUAAUAAGGACCCAUGUCAGCGCAGAUGUGAUUGCUUUGCUGGGGGUCUUGAGAGAAUCGCAAGGCAGGUUUCAUAUCACCUAAAUGUUUAG